AUGCUGCCGAAUCGCGCGAUCAUCGCGUCGCAGUUUUGGAACCAUGAGUGCGGCUCGGCGCAGUCGCUCGAAGCGGUGGUCCCCGCUGUCCCCAACGAGCCGCCUUCGACCGGCAUUCACCUGGGAAGCGUCCCCUUCACGCCGUCCUAUGCUGCUGACGUGGACGAUCAAGGCGGAUGGGUGGUUGACAGAGUGCUCUCUGGUGUGGGCGGCAGGGACUGGUGGGCGACAGUAAUGGGGCGGCUGAGAGUUCAACGCAUGUGGAGAAAGAAUUUCCAGCAGCAGGCAGCAGCAGAAACAGCAGCAGAUGUGACUGGUACUACCACAGGCGGCAGCAGCAGCAGCAGAAGGGCCAAAGCUUGCCCCAGCUCCUCCUCAGGAUGGUUCCAGGAUCCUUCCAUGUACGCGCUCUCGGCUCGUACGCGCGUAGCGCUGGGGAAACAGACUUGGCUAAGCGGCAGUGCUGAGCUAAGCACGCUUGCAGGCCUGGCAUCGGCACUCCAGGGCAAGAUGAUGGGCCAAUGGAGGAGGAGGGGUGCACGUGGGAGCAGCAGUGGCAGCGGUAGUGCUUCAGGGAAUGAGGCAGAGAGGGAAGGAGGAAAUGUGACAGGGAGUGAGGAGGGGGAUGGGGAGGGCGGAGGAGAGGCUUCGGGUUUCAGAGGCUUUGUCUCGCUGCGUCAUAAGAUGAAGGGUCACGAUUUGAUUGCGCGAGCAGGGUGGGGCGAGCAGUGUGUGGACCGCGCUGGCCGCUACUGGACGCUGCCCCGUGCGCUCUCCCUUGACUUCGCCUCCCUCGUCACAAGAGAAGGGCUGCGCUACCGCUUUGGCCUGCAGCACGUUGGCGGGAAGCCGGAGGAGAAUGCAAGGACAGGCCACAAGGUGGUGAGGGUGGUGCCAUGGGGAGCAAAGGCAGGCACGCGGGCACAGGCAGGCAUGUCGCUGGAGGGGAAGGUCACUGUGUGGAAGGACCGAUGCGAGAAGAGGCGGCGACAGAAAGAAGCUGCCAAAGCUGCCUCCUCCUUGCCGUCCUCUUCCUCUUCCUCCGCCUCCUCUUCCUCCUCGUCCUCGUCGUUAUCAGCAGCAAUAUCGAAUGCAUUGUUCCCAUCCGCGUCCUCCUCCUCCUCAUCCUCCUCCUCCUCUUCUUCCUCCACCUCAUCCUCCUCCCAUUCUCUUCCUCCACCUUCCUCUACUCCCUCUUACAACUGGCUGGCAGCGCGUCCGCGCAUCACCCUCUCAGCUGUGCUCGGAGGUUUGGCUUCCACCGAGAUCUCAACUACCACCACCAACACCACUACAACCGCAGCACCCACAGCACUGGAAACAAGUCAGAUUCAGGCAUCUAGUUCAGGGGUAAACGGAGCAGGGAUAAGAGGGGCGGAGGAAGCAAAGGGUUCUCUCCGCCUCUCCUCUCUCCGGCCCUCCACUCUUCAGCUCUCCUCGCUCUCCACCGAUCUCUUUGCAUCGGUGGCGGUAACCGCACAGCUCGGCAUGUUUGAGCGCGCUCUUUUCGACCACACUCUCUUCAACGCCACGCUCACCUGUGGCUCCCUCUCCGCUGCCGGCUACAACCUCUCCCAACCCGCGUCCGCCACGUCAACGCCGGCGCCGGAUGCCACGUCAGCGGUGGCGUCAGAUGCCACGUCAGCAGGCUGGCGGAGAGAGGAGCGGGGUGCGCCAACGCUCUCGCUGUCGUUUCAACAACAGAUCUUUGGCCCAGUGAGGGGUCGCUGGGAUGCAUGCAUGGGUGUGGAUGCCAAGACCCCUCUCACUGCUCCCACUUUGCUCGACUCAACCUACGCCCUCGAUUGCUCGCUGGAGAGGCUCGGAGCUGCCAGGCUCGUCGUCUGGUAUUCCCCAACCAGACGGGAAGGCAUGGCGGAGGUUCGGUUGCUGGACCGGUAG